AUGCCGCCGAAGAGAAGAUACAAGUCCAAACCGUCAGUCUACAAAUUGCAGGUCACCUUCUGUGCCUCCGAGUCGCGGUGUGCUACGGACGUCGAACCUUGGCCCAACUAGGGUUCAUAUGACUCUUCGACCGCUCCAAUGCCGAUGGCCGCCUUCUCAUUUCGACUGGUCGAGCAGGCCCACGCGAGCUGGAAGGUCAGCCCCCGCACUCUCACUGGCUAUGCGGACGGCCUCAAAGAGUAUUACUCCCGUUGUGAGUGGGGUCGGGGUCACUAUACGGGACAUACUUGGGUGAAUUUGGACGCCGCCAUGUUAAAAGAAGCACAUGCUUAA